UCUCACCUUCUUACAAGGUACGACUGGAGCCCUAGGGUUAGUGUACUUGCACUGUGCUGGUUUCCUAUGCUUCCAGCCACUCCUUCGACCGGAUGCAGCUUGUUGCGCCAGCGAGCACGAACAGCGGCCUUACGCGACGGGCUGGACCGAAGAAGGGCCCUUCCGGACCGCAGCGACCGCACUGCACUCGUCAGACGAGUCUGGGUGGCUUUCCUCUUCGCUUGGAAGCGGCGUCUUUCCGCUGUGAAACGCUCUUCGCUGGGUAGCUUGAGGGGUGAUGCCUGGUUGGAGGCCACGAGAUUUCCAAGGCAGCUGUGGGACUUGACGGUGCAGGAGCUGCAGCACUUGCGCGAGGAGGGCCGAGUGCAAAAGCAGGCUCGCAACUCCAAGUAGCCAGGCUGGGGCUUGGUCCGGAUCAAUGUGGCUGCGCCUCAUGACCUGGUCUUCAGCUGCCUCAGGGACUUCCAGCGCUACCCAGAAAUGAUCUCCGCCAUUCGGGCUGCUGAAGUGCUGGAGCGUGAUGGGCUCAGCUCAACGUGCCAAUCAGCACGGUGCAGCUAUCGGAUCACGAAGCUUUGGCUGGAGGUCCCUACAGUGCAUCACUUAGAACCCUCCUGCGGCCGCAUCAGCUUCGACAUCGACCCAGCCGCCACGGGCCUUGUGCUCCGGGAGGCCUCGGGCUUUUGGCAAGUCCGCCCCUGUCGGAACCCCGCCGACUCCCGCGUGGUCUUCCGAGUCUAUGCACAUGCCUCGGACCUCAUGCCCAACUGGCUGGUGGAAUAUGGUGCAAGGAAGUGCUUGAAAAGAGCUACGGCAUGGCUGAAGCCAUAUGCCGAAGAGUUGUGGCAGAAGAGCCGCUACUAGCGCCGGUGAAAAUGGGUACUUUGC